ACACUAUAACAACGAUACCUGAUAGUUAUCGAUAGGCCACUUGUCAGUCUGACAGCUGCUUUAAGGUUAUACUACAACAGUAGAGAAUUUGGAUUUCCAUUGAUUUUCGAUUACGCUGUGCAUAUUACAUAACUAAGCAAAAAUGUCUCAGGCUCCAGUUCGUGUUUCGCCACUGAUCAAGCUCGGCAGAUGGUCCCUGCUCCUGGUAGGCAUUGCCUAUGGUGCUGCCCACCAAAGCCGCCUGUCCAAGAAGGAGGAGAAGGUGCGUGAAAUCGAGGCCCAGCAGAAGGUGAUCCGUGAUGCCAAAUUGGCUGAGGAGAAGAAGCGUAACGCUGCCGCUGAAAUUAGAGCUCUGGAAGAGCUCUCCAAGCCCAAGAAGUAGAUGAUCGAUCGCCCUUUAUAAGUUUGUUUUAAGUUCAAUUGCUACGAUACUCGAUAACGAACUAUUCAAGGACGACGAUACAUAAACAUCCAAAUUCCGAAAGCCAAGAAAGGCGAUCAUCAACAUCAAAGGCAGAGUUGCCUUUCUUUUUGAAGUAUCGGUCUAUCGUUUUUUGUGUUUACUACGAACAGUUUGUGAAAAUUAUUGCAGCAAAUUAAAUGAUUAAAAAACAAAUAUGUAAAACAUAAAA